CAAGCUCACUUCAAGUACAUUAAGUGAGUGAUCUCCCAAAGUCUAACUUCAGUACUCGAAAGUAUAGCCGACCAAUCAUCGCCGAGUCCCCGCAUUCCCGCAUCCAGCCACUCCCCGCAGUGAGUUAGUGAGUUCCCUUUCUCUUUACCCUCACGUAUUCUCCUUCCAUUUCUUCCUUUGACCAUCCUCGACUACGCUCUCUCUGUAAUACCCUUGCCCAUCCACACCCUCUUCUUCUCCCUCUUGUUCCCUUCUCCACCUUUGAUAUACACCCCGAUACACUCACCAUGGGAGAUUACGGCCCCGUCGUCCCGCCUACCCACUCCUCCCCGGUGGGCCAACCCUCGCAAUCCCCGCAGGGUCCCAACGAGAUCUCCGUACUCAUCACGGGAUUUGGCCCCUUCAAGACCAAUCUUGUCAACGCAUCCUUUCUCAUCGCCUCAUCUCUUCCUCCUUCAUUCACCUUCUCACCCCCAAACACCGAUGAUACCAACGGCGAGCGCCGCAUCUCUCUCCAUGUCCAUCCGUCUCCUAUCCCCGUAGCAUACGCAACCGUCCGGGAAACUCUACCCGCGAUACUGGACGAAUACGCAGCCACACACGGUGGGCGACGACCAGACCUAAUCAUCCAUAUCGGCAUCGCCUCUCCCCGACCCUACUACUCGGUAGAAUCCCUCGCCCACCGCGACGACUACAACAUCACCGAUAUUAGUGGAAGAAACGGGUACGAGGACGGGGAGAAACGAUGGCGAGCGAUGGGUCUACCACCCGUCCUAGUCCCGGGUCUCGCAUCCGAAGAAGACACAGAGAAUGCUAGCCAGACACAGGGCUCUAUCACAACCACUACCAGGCUUACCGUACCGUACCCGCCGGAUGACCACUUCCUGCACGUAUGGAAGUCUCACGCCCCGGAGAGUCUGGACCUGCGUAUCUCGCAGGACCCAGGCCACUAUCUGUGCGACUUCAUUUUCUACACCAGUCUAUCGCUGGCGAAGAGGCAGGGCCUGGACCGGAAUGUCCUCUUCUUGCAUGUUCCAGGUGGCUCGGCGGAUCCAGACAUCGAGCGUGGGCGGGACGUUGCGCUCGCGCUGAUUAAGACCAUGGUUACUUGCUGGAUUGAUGAGAAGCUAAAGGCUGCUACAUGAUGAGGUUUCGGGUAUAUUUUACGAUAUUCAUAUACCGCUGCUGGGAGUAUAUGGGGGGGGGGGGGGGGCAUGACCCUGGUGUAAGGCUGCCCCGAGGCUUUUUUAUACGAGCACUUGCGUUGAUCUAGGUUUAUUUUUCUUUUGGAACUUUUUUCUUGAUCGUUGCAUCUGUUACGGAUUGGUUUCUGUGGUAGGGUGAUAGCUUUUUCGGGGUCUUAUCUUGAUUUCUUUCGCAUAUAACGCGGGGAUGGUGUUUUGUCGUGGAAAAGAGGCUAGU